CUGCUUCAUCAACUACAUCGAUUGUAGCGGGGCCUUCUUCCGCAAACAAGCUGUCUGGAGAUGUAGUAUUGUCUAAUGGGGAAUCAGAGCAGUGCCUAAUUGGUUCUCCGACUGAGGUUGGAUCUGUAGGGCGGGGGCGACGGGGUAGGCCAUCAAGAGAUUCUACUGGAGAUUCUUUGUCGCCAAGGCAUGCUGUCCUUCGUUUUAUUGAUGAAAUUGAGUCUAGUCAAAAUUCCUGGCCAUUCCUCGAGCCGGUAGAUCCAAAAGAAGCCCCCGAUUACUAUGAGGUGAUCAAAAAUCCCGUAGACCUUUCAAUGAUUCGUCGUUGGACUAUUGAAGGCCGAUACGACAAUGAAGGUUUGGCUAUGUUGGCUCGUGACUUAGGCGAUAUGUUCUAUAAUGCAGAAUUGUAUAACUCGAUGGAUUCUGAAGUAUGGCAGGCUGGAUCACGUUUUGAGCAACUUAUAAGAAAUAAAUUCGCCAAAACCAGACCGAGUAGGUUUUUAUCUCAAAGGCUUUUCGUUAAGAUACUAGCAAGCACAUUUUUAAAUCAUCAUUUUUCAGCCAUUAUAUAA